GGCACCGAGGCAAGGCCGGGCCGGCAGGCGGCGCAGCUCUCCGCCGGGCUGGAUGGUAGCGGGGCGGGGGCAGCCGCGGGCCGGCUUCUGUCAGCGCCGUCAGAGCCGCCGCUCCGGUCGACGUUGACGGCGGUGCUGCCGACCCGUCCGGGGUCAUGGAGCCUCAGGCGCGAGGUCUGUUGGAAACCCAGUCUUUGCAUGAAGCAGACGAAGAUGUAGUCACUGAUGUUGAUUUCACCAGUAUGAUUUCUGAAGAAGAAAAAGAGGAAUUAAAGGCUGAGCUGGCCAAGCUAGAGGAUGAAAUUUCAACUUUGCGGCAAGUACUAGCAGCCAAAGAAAAGCACCUGAUUGAAAUUAAACAAAAGCUUGGCAUGAGCCUGAUGAACGAGCUGAAGCAGAACUUUAGCAAAAGCUGGCAUGAUAUGCAGACAACUUCUGCGUACAAGAAGACACAUGAGACCCUGAGCCAUGCAGGACAAAAAGCAACAGCAGCUAUCAGCAAUGUAGGAACUGCUAUCAGCAAGAAGUUCGGAGAUAUGAGAUCACAUUCUAUUAGCUAUUCUAUUCGCCAUUCCAUAAGCAUGCCUGCAAUGAGGAAUUCUCCCACUUUCAAAUCUUUUGAAGAGAAGGUUGAGACCACUGUCACAAGCCUUAAGACCAAGGUUGGUGGGACAAGCCACACUGGGGGCAGUUUUGAAGAAGUUCUCAGCUCCACAGCCAAUGCCAGCGCUCAGAGUCCUCUGGCUGGCACCCGACUUCCUGAGAGUGAAGAAGAGCUUCAAUGCUAGGCGGAAGGCCUCGCUCAGAGACUUACCCAGGCCAUGGUUUCUAGACCUCCCUCAACAACCAACAUGUGCAACAAAGUUUUGUGGGUCUUGGAAAACUGCCUCCCUGGCCUUGUGCUGGAGAAAAGUUUCCUCUCUGUAUUUGCAUUUUGGACAUGCUAUUUUAUCAUCGGGUAUUUUGUAUGCUAUAGGAACCACAUGCCAGUAAAUGAGUCAUAGCACUCUAUGCUCUGUAACAUUGUGACCAAAAGAAGUUUCAUUUUCACCUAACUUAUCUCCAGAAAUCUCCCAGUCUUUCUUGAUUCUUUCAGUUUGAAGUUUUCUAUCUCUUGGUUUCCAGCUCCUCUAUCAGUGCUACAGCAGACAGAUGGACCUUGAGAUUUCUGCUGCCAGCAAUAGUCCAUACACCAGCUGUCUACCAGCCAUACCAGGUGCCCUUCGAUCUGGGGUGUCUGUACACGGUUUAUUUCCCAGUGAAAUUAAAAUAACUUACUGUCACCCAAGAAAAGCUUUUUUCUCCUUCAUUGAUACGAUCUGGCAUUGCCCUCCAGUUAGUCAGCAGAGUUAAGAAGGACAGGAAGAGACACUUGGUUAUUCAAAUAGAAACUAAGCAGAUCACAGCUGCCCAUUUAAGCUGAUCAUUGUAGCUGGAAUGGCUUUCAGUUUAAAAAUAUGUUCCAUGGCUUGCUCUCUGUGGUUUGAUAAGAUUCAAAAGCAUAAGCUAAUUAAAAAGGGAAGUGGGGAGGGGGGAGGAGCCUCCAAUAACGUUGCCUCCAUAUCUUCCCUUCAAAAAGAAGGGAAGGUAAAUUAUUUAUGACUGAAAAGCACAAGUUUCAGUCAAGAUACAGCCUUAUGCUAAAGAAUAAAUUCCAGCAACUGAUUAAAGAUGUGCCAUAAGAUAGAGAGCUCAUGCCUUCAGUCCACAUUUCAGAGCUGCUAGCUUGAAACUCAUUUCUUACACACGAUGAGUAGGUAUUUCUUGUCCCAAAUUUUGUCCUUCUUUCUGGGGCAUCCCAACUGCAUUAUAUCUACUUAAUCACCGAGAGCCAGUCAUCUCUCUGAGCUUUGAUGCAGCAUGUUUUCUUGCAUCUUCUUAACGUUUCUUCAAGAAAAGAGCAGCACACUUGUGGCAAUAUCUUGCUGUCUUAAUGAGCACUUGUCAGUCUGCAUGUUGCAUUGCUCAGUUCACCAGACUGCGAUGAGCACAGCUUCUUCAAAAGGAUAAACAAAAUGGAAAACAGUCUGGCCACUUUCAAAAUGGAUGCUUGUUUUGAGCUUAAGCCAAAACUUCAGAUCAGCGUUAGUGAGUUUGAUGUUACAGACUGCUUAAAAUCUUGUGAGGAAACUUGGCUUUCUGUGUUUUUUCAAUGUGGCUUUUGUUAUAGUUUUGACAGCUAGAAAUCCUUUAACUUCUGUCUGGUAGAACAUUAUGAACUUUGGACACUUAUCUCAAAUGCCUCUUCAAUAUGAUUUUUAGCAUGGAAGUAAAUUGAAUUAGGUUUCUAGUACAGUUUUUCUGUGAUAGGUUGUUAGCUUAUGUUGCAGUGGUUUUGUGCAUAAAGAUGAAUUAAUUUACAUAAAAGUAUUAAUGGCCAUUUAGUUUGUGUAAAUGAUGUCAUUGAUAUUCUUAUUAAAAAUAAAUUUCUCUUACUCUUUUACUCGGUCGUGUUUCCUCUUUAAUUCCCUUUAUUCACCAGUAACACCCUAUAUCCCUUGCCUAAGCCUUGCUGUUGCACGAGGGUAUUGAGCUAUGAUGUGAGUUUAUCAUCAGCCAUCCCUCUAGUUUUUAAAUGUCUACUUCUUUCCAAAUCUGAAAUUCUCCAUGAAAAUCUGUGGCCCAGGUUUUGAAAAUUUUGCUCUUUGAAGGACAGAAUGGUUGAAAGCAUUCAGUAAAGCUGAAAUAUGUGGCAGAGAGCAUCUGAAAGUAUUCACCUUUUGAACAGGGUCAAAAGGCAUACCAAGGUUAAAACACAGAGCCCAAGCUCAGGAUAGGGAUUUAACCCUCCGUGUAAUUUUACAUGUACAU